AUGGAGAUUGUAGACAACGACGAUGUGACUAGUUGGGUAUGUGAAAGUCUUUCUGCAAAACCGAACAAGAUUCCGUUAUAUGUUACAACAUAUCCUCUAAAUGAACCUGAAGAUGAACACCCAAUUGCAUGCAGUUCCCCAUCACCAACAGUGGGAAUUCAAGAGAAUGAUGACAUUUUGAGUGAUGAACAACCAAGUCAAGUUCUUCAAGACAAUGCCCAGAUUAGUGAGGCUUCAAUAGAUGUGAGUUUUGAGUUUACUGAUGACUAUCAUGACAGUACCCAUUUCGAUAAUGUGCAGUCGAACGAUGUCAAUUUCAAUCUAUCGUCGUCUCGUCGUAACAAGCGUAAGAGCAUACAAGACUAUGAUAAUAUUGCAGAUUUGAAUAUAGAUGGAGAUAUUAUGGUCGGACAAUUGUACUCGAGUAAGAAAGAGUUGCAAAAACAAUUAGCUAUGAUUGCAAUGAGGAAGAAUUAUGAAUUUAAAGUGGAAAGAUCAACUAAGGAUCGUUUGGAAAUUAGAUGUGUGGAUGAUAAUUGCAAGUGGCGACUUCGUGCAACCAAGUUACAAGUGUCAGAAUUUUUUGAAGUAAGAAAAUUUGAAACUAAUCAUUCUUGUUCAUUAGAUGUUGUUCAGCGUGAUCAUCGGCAAGCAAGUAGUUCUGUUGUUGGCCAAUUUAUAAAGUCAAAGUAUGAGGGGGCAUCACGUGUAUAUAGACCUAAAGACUUCAUUGAGGAUAUGCGAGCACAAGUUGGGGUUAAUAUGAGCUACGAGAAAGCUUGGAGAGCAAGAGAGCACGCAUUUGACAUGAUCCGAGGGUCGCCAGAGGAAUCUUUUGCCGCACUUCCUGCCUAUUGUGCCAUGUUAGAAAGUAAAAACCCUGGGACAAUAACACAUAUAGAAACGGAUGACAAUAAUCACUUUUUAUACUUUUUCAUGGCAAUGGGAGCCUCUAUAAGGGGAUUUCGUGGUUCUAUGAGGCCUGUGGUAGCAGUUGAUGGGACUUUUCUAAAGGGUAAAUAUCUUGGCACCUUAUUUGUUGCUGUAUGCCAUGAUGGACAAAAUCAAAUAUAUCCUUUAGCAUUUGGUGUGGGUGACUCAGAAAAUGACGCUUCAUGGACAUGGUUUCUUACAAAAUUGAGAAGUGCCAUUGGAGAGGUAGCAGACUUGGUGUUUGUAUCUGAUCGACAUGGAAGUAUUGGUAAAGCUGUACAAACUGUGUUUCCAGAGGCAUAUCAUGGAGCUUGUAUGUAUCAUGUAGCUGGCAACAUGAGGACUAAAUUUGGUGAUGAUGAAACGAUGUUUAAGUUAUAUUACACUGCGGCAAAAGCAUACCUUGUGUCAGAGUUUAAUAGUGUUAUGACUGAUAUUUGGGCAAUCAAAGAUGGAAAAGUAGGAAAAUAUCUUCAAGAAAUUGGGUAUCAUAGAUGGGCUCGGGCACAUUUCAGUGGAAAACGAUACAACAUGAUGACAACCAACAUUGCCGAAUCCAUGAAUGCAAAACUGAAGGAUGCUCGAAAGUUGCCUAUCAUUGCUCUAGCGGAUCACCUUAGAGGUAUACUACAAGAGUGGUUCAACGAACGUCGGAACACAGCAAGUUCAUGGAAUUCGACCUUGACAAAGUGGGCAGAGGAAAAAGUGCACAAGAAUCAAAAUAGAGGCUUGCGUAUGUCGGUAUCUUCCAUUAAUCAUUAUGCAUUGCAAGUACAUGAGGCAGACUUAUAUCAUAUAGUUGAUCUAAAUGCCAAGUCAUGCACGUGUAGAAGGUUUGAUCUCGACCAGCUUCCAUGUGUCCAUGCAACUGCUGCAUGUCGAAUUCGCAACACAUUAGUGUACACUAUGUGCUCCAAAUUCUACACAGCCAAUGCAAUUGUGCUAGCGUAUGCGGAGCCCAUUUGGCCGGUUGGAAACAAGAGUGAAUGGAGUGUGCCAGAAGAGGUGCAUAAUAGAGUUGUGUUACCUCCAAUCAGACAAGUUGUAUCUGGAAGACGCAAGACAAACAGAAUCCCAUCUCAGGGAGAGGAAAGGAUAGUGAAGAAGUGCAGUCGCUGUGGUGGGACAGGCCACAAUCGCCAAACUUGCAAGAAUCCAAUUAGACUCCAUUCCAACACAUGA